AUGGCCACGUUCAGGAGUGCUGCGCCGGCCGUGAACGGAACGGAACGGAAGGGAACGGAUGGCCACGUUCAGGAGUGCUGCGCCGGCCGUCCUGGAGCGUUAUCGGCCGCCUGGUGCCUGGACGUUCUAAUCCUCGUCCUCCAGGAUGAGGUCCUGGAGGGAGGCCUCGAUAGCGGCCACAACUCUAUCGGCCUCCUGCCGGAGGUUUUCCUCCAGGAUGAGGUCCUGGAGGGAGGCCUCGAUAGCGGCCACAACUCUAUCGGCCUCCUGCCGGAGGUUUUCCUCCAGGAUGAGGUCCUGGAGGGAGGCCUCGAUAGCGGCCACAACUCUAUCGGCCUCCUGCCGGAGGGUUUCCUCCAGGAUGAGGUCCUGGAGGGAGGCCUCGAUAGCGGCCACAACUCUAUCGGCCUCCUGCCGGAGGGUUUCCUCCAGGAUGAGGUCCUGGAGGGAGGCCUCGAUAGCGGCCACGACUUUGUCAGCCUCCUGGCGGAGGGUGACAAAGUCCAUCUCGAGAGGGCCGGCAAUGGGCUCCUCCCGUCGGUGUCCAGGAGACACCGUAGCCGCGACGCAAGAUCGAUCCCCGUCGCGGUGGGCUGCGGCUGCUCGGGCCUCAGCCACGCUCAGUGCCUGGUGAUCGGGCUGCAUCUUAUGGAAGGAGACAGUGUACAUCGUCAAUUUAUACUUCUUGGAAUAUAUUGA